AUGAUUAUUCGCACUGUUGCUCUGGCCCUUUUAUGGUGCCUUGGGCAAUCAUGUGCACGAAUUUAUGACCCACUUUGCAUACAGACUGGUCGCAAAUGUGGUCAUAACAUGGUCUACAGAACUGUGGAUAAAAUGAAAUACACUGACGACCUAUCACCUGAACUGAUAUGCAUUCAGGAAUGCGUAUGCAUCAGUGAACAGUAUGAAAGAAAAGAUGGACAGUGCAUUGAAAAGAACGAUAUUCCGACGCGAAACGAACUCCCUGUUGAAGUGCCAACACUAAGGGCUUGCAAUGGAAGAACGUGUACACUCGGCGAAAUAAUCACUGAUAUUAUGUACUCAUUGACAGACCAGAAAUGUGGACCAAAUAUGGUCUUUAAGAACUUAACUGGACCUUUAAUUAUGAAAGCUGGUAUGUCAUCAUAUAAGAUUUGUAUUCAACAGUGCACUUGCGACAGUAAUGAAUACACGAAAAUGGGUGGACAGUGCAUUAAAAAAAGUAGUGCUCCGAUGCGAAACGAAACUGAGUUUGCUGGUGAAAUAUUGCCUAAACACUGCGCGGGAAGAGUGUGUACACUUGAUGAAGAAAUUUUCUAUGUUCCAUGUUCAUUGACUGGUGAAAUUUGUGGAAGCAAUAUGAUAUUUAAUAAUAUCGGCAAAUUACUCAAAAAGAAUGGUACUGAAGUUUGCGUCCAAAAAUGUACUUGUAUGAGUGAAGAAUAUGUC